UCAGGCAUGAUGAAGAAGACCGACGAGCUCGUAUUAGUCUCCCGAAAUCGAUGUGGGCGUUCGUUGAAAUUGGCGGAAGAUAGCUUGAAUGUCAAAAUCGACUUCAAGUUAACGAAUUCCCAAGACGCAAUUCGGUCUAACAGACCAACAGACUGAACUCGGCGGCUUCAUAAACCAGGACAUACUCUGCCACAUUGCUCCACCCAGACAGACCACAUCUGAUUGGCAACCUGCCACAAAGCCCGAGACCUUGAAGGUAAACUUUGAGACGUCCGUGUUUUUCGUGCUGAAAUGACGAAAUGUAUCAGGCGUUCACAAUGGUCGCCCGAGCUAAGAUGGAGGACACGGUGACAGGUGAUUAGGGCUGCGCCACCUGCACAUCGAUACAGUUUAAGGUUUUUGGAUCGUAGGAGAUUUACUUCUGGAUUUGGAUUGUCGUGACCCAUGUUCACAAUGUCGUGCACCAGAAUCCUCCUAGCUCUACAACAGGCCGGCAUAAAUAGUGAUUUACAAACCUAGUUUGUGAAAUUGAUUUCAUCGCUCUCUCGGAAGUGGUGAAUUUCCACCAUCGAAGACCAAGUACAUAUACCGCACUGCACAGUGCUUGAAAAUUUACGGCAGGAAGCGAUUUCUACCUAUGAUGCAAAGUCCCGCACCUAAGGAGAGAAAGCAGUUAAAUCGAUACCGACUCCCGACCACCAUAGACAAUUGAGGAGCAAACAUGUAAUUCCCAGCAGACCGAUUGUGAAGUACCUUUUCUCGCAGUUGAAAGGGGAGAGAGUACUUUCUACGUGCUUGAAAUGGCGUCUGCUGAUGACCAAUCAGCAGAUGAACCACCUCCCCUCGAAAACUGUUCAGAAUAUAUGCAUUCGCUACUCCACUCUCAGACACGACUUACAGCAGAGAAGACAAGAGGAAAAAACCCUACGGAAGCACGGAUAAGAGACACAACAUCACUGGUGAAUAUUUCACAACAAGUCUCACCCACUUUGAAAGUGGUUCCCUCAACUGAAGAUCCUACCACACCCUCCACUACUCCAGUCUCCUACACACCAUUCAAAAAAGGAUUCUUGACCUCCAAACCAUCCUCUAAAGUCAAGGGGCACUCGGCAACUGUCCCGUUUUUGAAAGCCGCAAAACCAGCCGAAAAAGUCCCCGAGUUUCUUCGAUUGGACUUAAAGGAUGACCCGGAAGCGCAACUCAGGAAAGAGAUGCAAGAACUUUUAAAGCCUACACAGGAGCUUGUGAGCGAAGUGCUAAGCAACAAGGAAAUUCAAGCCGGGUUGGAGGAUCCUGAGAUCAUGACAGCUGUCCAGGAUAUAGCAUCAAAUCCAUCAGCAAUGCACAAAUACAAACACCAUCCCAAAAUAGUCAAAUUUUAUAACAGCAUGGGAAAGCUGAUGGGGGAUCGCAUUGAGAAGCAAGAGGAAGCCAAAAACAAGAGGGAGACGAGCAAACGUAGCAAAUGUUGACCUUGCAGUUUGUGAAGAUUAGCAAGGUCGCCUGUAAGAUUACCAUAUAACAAAAAUCGGCUUAGUAUGACCAGAAUCUAUCACCAACGGAAAACAGUACUGUAAUAGAGGAAGCUAGAGAAACAUGGACAACACAAAAGCUGCAAACGCUAUACACGAGCUGGUGGACCGUCCAAAGACGCAGACGUAGACGACCAUAAGUUGCAAGAAAAGUAGCUUGUCACUGUAGGGAGCAAUGCAAGCUGAUACGCAGGUACACUACCUCGGAAAGUAUAUGAUAAUUGAUGCUAAAAAGGCAGAAAGCGACUGUUGGACUUCAAACUCCACACCAAGAUGUAGAAGGCCCAAGGCUGAACAGAAGUCUCGAAAGUCCCCUUACAUAGUUGGACAUCGAUACAACAACUUUUCCAUGCUCGACAGGACAAGGUGAGACGUACCAUGAACCCUGCCUCCGGUAAACAUCUAGCAAAACUCGCUAAAAUAGAGACUGGACUCCAUGGUUCCCAUAUAUCUCCAUAAGCCAUGUCGUCCGUUGUCAAGAAGACUGUUGCAAAGAAAAUUCAAAACAAUAGACGAUAGGACAAAACAGGAUGUAGAUAAGAUAGAUGUUGUACCUUUAGCAGGUACAACAUCUAGGCUAGUCUCUUCAGCCAGUGGACAGAAAGGCAAAACUGAUUUUUUAUAAAGCUGAAAUUACAAACCUUCCGGUGGCCCAGUGCUCACUCCAAGGUGUUGGGAGCGUCAAUCAUUUCACUGUCAAACACAGUAAAUGGACAUCCUCCGCUGCUUCACUUCCAUGUAACAACUACAGAAUGUGCCUUGACUGGUCACAACUGGUCUCCUGAAAAAGUAUGACCUAUUCACAUAUACUAACAAAUCUGUAAAAUGACAACACAUGAGCUGAUAGCCUUACACUCCCGAUUAGACAGUGGGAGGAAAAUUGAUUUCCGUGUAAGCUAUGAUCUGAGGGACUCAUCUCAAAUCGGACUCCUGUGAAUACAACUCAGCCUCAAAAAUCUACAGGAUGGUCUGCCAGACCAACCAUAACAGCUUACUGUUAGUGAGACUUGAACGAGAAUGCGCAUAAGACGCAAUCCUGCCAAAAAUGAGCCGCCGCCAGAGCCCAGAUUUUGAAUUAUACCUCCUCUUCAAUCGAUACUUCAGAUGGGAUUGGUGAACUUUAAAUUUAAUUCGACAGAUUUUACCUACUCAGGAUGUGGCGUCUACAUCCUUUUUCUUGAAGAAGUCCUGUAGAGGGAUCAUUUCUAGUGAACUCUCCUUCAGACUUCUCACGGCUUCCAGAUUAGCUAAACCACCAGCAAUUGUCGUGACGAUGGGAA